CAACAGGCAUUAAUUUUCAAAGUCGGCAUGCCUGGACGAGUUCACGAACAAGCUACUAGGACCUUUGGACGGAUCCUCUGGGAGAAGACCAUUCCGAUGGGGCUCACUCGUGAACUUCAAGAUAUGGGCAGCACAAGGUAUCAAGGCAGUGCAGUUAGUAAAGAACCAGAUUCAGCUUUCAUACCGAAGUCGUCCCGCCCCGGCCCGGGCCAUUGGCCGACUGUGGUGAUUGAUUGUGGGGUAUCUGAGGGACUUACCCAGUUGAAGACGGAUGCUUGUUGGUGGCUAAACAACUCAUCCGGAGAUGUCAAGAUCGUUCUCAUCUUCUCAAUCAAGCCAGUGAUCAAAAAAAUCCACAUUGAAAAAUGGGAAAUGGUG